GGGCGGCGACCGCGGCGACCGCGACGCGACCGCGACCGCGGACGAGAAGAGGCGCGGUCGGCACGAGCGACGAAAGCAGAGGAGGCGCGAGGAACGAUGACGACGACGCCGACGCCGACGAACGCGACGCCGCGCGCGCUCGAGUUUUACUGCGGCGUCGGCGGGCUGCACUACGCGCUCCUCCGCGCGCGCCCGGACGCGACCGUCGCCGCGGCGUUCGACCUGAACCCGCACGCGUGCGACACGUACGCGUUCAAUUUCGGCGACGCCGCGCGGCCGAUCGCGCGCAACCUGGCGUCGUACCCCGCCGCAUCGAUCGACGCGCACGCCGCGUCGCUCUGGCUGCUCUCGCCGCCGUGCCAGCCGUUCACGCGGCAGGGCGCGAAGAGGGACGUCGACGACGGCAGGGCGGAGUCGUUCCUUCGAUUGCUCGACGUCGUCCCGACGCUCGCGAACGCGCCGUCGCAUCUUCUCGUGGAGAACGUCGUCGGGUUCGAGCGUUCGGAGACCAGAGACGCGCUUCUCGCGACGCUGCGCGCGAUGGGGUACACGACGCGAGAGCGAAUGCUAUCGCCGAGGCAGUUUGGCGUCCCGUACAGCCGGCCGCGGUACUUUUGCCUCGCGAAGCGCGCGCCGUUGCGAUGGGUCGACGACGUUUUCAGCGGUAUCGAGCACGGCGACGACGAUGAAGGUGCCGACGAGGGUGCCGACGUCUGGACGACGCACGCGGUGCCCCGAGCCGACGUCGUCAAGGCGUUGGCUUCCGCGGACGUCGUGACGAGGGACGACCGGAAGUGCAACUGCUUCACGAAGUCGUACGGGAAGUACGUCAAAGGCACCGGGUCGUUCAUCAGCGACGUGAGGGUGGUCAAGGGGGAGUGGGACGGGCGGAUACGUAACGGUCAAGGCGCGGACGUUAGUGCCGACGACGGCGGCGGCAGCGUGAGACUGCGGUACUUCACCGAGAGGGAGGUGGCGAACGUGCACUCGUUCCCCCCGGAGUUUACGUUUCCCUCGCACGUGACGCGCGCGCAGAGGUACGCGCUGUUAGGGAACAGCCUCAGCGUCGCGUGCGUCGCGCCGCUGAUCGACUACCUCCUGAACGACGUCUAGUAGCUCGUAGCUCUGUAUGAGAACGUAGUGUGGAGC